AUGACCGAUGACGGGAUGCUGGCUUGCGGCCUUUUAAAUUUAUUGUAGUUUUAUUAUUAGCUCCUGCUAAAAUUUAUGCGAAAUACAAAGCAAUAACAAUUGGUAUACGAUUCAUAAAACAAGUUGUUCAAUAUUGAGUGUCUCCACUAAAUUUCGAAACUUAUAAAUCGCAAGUCUGAAGACAGCCAUCAGGUUAUUAUGUUACUCAACAAAACCAGGCUCGUGGGAUUCACCAACUUAUCUCACAAACGCAAUAUGGAUAGCCACUCCACGUCGGACAUUGUUAUUAUAAGUGGGAAUUCGCACCCGGAGUUAGCGGAUUUAGUGGCCAACCGCCUCGGUGUGCGAAAAGGAGGAUGUUCGGUUUACCACAAAACAAACAGAGAAACUAUGGUAGAGAUAGCAGAUUCAAUCCGUGGCAAGAAUAUUUAUAUUGUACAAACUGGGACUAAGGAUGUUAACAACAACAUAAUGGAAUUACUGAUAAUGGCUUAUGCUUGUAAGACUUCAUCCGCUCGCUCCAUUGUAGGAGUCAUUCCCUAUCUGCCGUACAGCAAACAGUGCAAAAUGAGGAAGCGGGGGUGCAUAGUAUCCAAGCUUUUGGCCAAAAUGAUGUGCCAAUCGGGUCUCACUCACAUCAUCACCAUGGAUUUACACCAAAAAGAGAUACAGGGCUUCUUCGAAUGUCCAGUCGACAAUCUGAGAGCCUCGCCAUUCUUGCUUCAGUACAUUCAAGAGAGUAUUCCAGACUAUCGUAAUUCCGUGAUUGUUGCCCGUAACCCAGGCUCUGCUAAGAAAGCCACAUCCUAUGCUGAGAGAUUGAGACUGGCUAUUGCAGUGAUACAUGGAGAACAGAAAGAAGCUGAGAGUGAUGAAGUUGACGGAAGAUAUUCUCCACCGUGCAUCCCUAGUAGAAUGGAAGAAGAAUUGUACAAUUCGCCAACUGUUUUCCUUGACUUGACUCCGAGUUUGAAGUGGGAGCAUGCUCAGGGUGUGGACAGGUCUCGCACCAUGGACGUGCCUGGAGGAGUGCCAGUUCAUCCCGCUAAGGAGAAGCCUCCAAUCAACGUGGUUGGUGAUGUGGGAGGCAGAAUUGCUAUCAUGGUGGACGAUAUGAUCGACGAUGUCCAGUCAUUUGUCGCUGCUGCGGAAGUUCUGAAAGAGUGUGGCGCUUACAAAAUCUACGUGCUGGCAACACACGGCCUGCUGUCUUCCGAUGCACCACGCCUUAUCGAGGACUCGCCCAUAGAUGAGGUAGUUGUCACAAACACAGUGCCACACGAACUCCAGAAGAUGCAAUGCAACAAGAUCAAGACGAUCGACAUAUCCGUUCUCCUGAGCGAAGCCAUAAGACGUAUCCACAACAAAGAGUCCAUGUCUUAUCUAUUCAAAAAUGUCACUCUUGAAGAUUAAAUUUUGCCUUUACUAGAUAUAGGGGAGUGUGGGGUAUAUUUUUAUAGUAUCGUAUAAGUGAUGCAUAGUUUGCUGAUUUGAUGAUUGAUGUAGAGGAAGUUGGCCAACACAAAUAACCUAGCUGUGCACUUCUAUCUCGUAGUUUGAAUGGGCCAGAGAUCUCGUCAAAAUUAUUGUAAAUUCUGAUAAUUCUGCUCUACUCUAGGGUUUAGUUUGUUCCGAUCUUCUCUCCUUCUUCCAUAUUUAAAGUAGUAAUUAUUAUUAAUAUUGUCGAAAUUACAUUAUGGAGGUUAUUUACCAUUUUACUAGAAUAGAAGUACACUUUUAUUUUUCUUCAUACAGCCUUUUUGUGUCGUAAAAAGUUAUGUGACUAAUAAAAUAGAUUAAUUGCAUAGGAGGAUUGAAUGCGUUAAUUUUGUAUGCCUACCUUUGUAAUUUACUUUGUAAGUCCAUAUUGCUUUUAUUUUAGUGCAUUCAUUAUUACCAAUAUAAUAUUAUGAUAGGUUUCUGAAUUAUUGUUGCAAGUUACAUUUGAAAUUACUGUGAUUUUCUAUGUACAUAAUUGUAAGAUUUUAAAAGUUUAUAAAAGUCCAAAGCCUGGUGUAU